AAUCAUUAUUCAUUCAUUUGGCUUCGAGAAUCGUCAGUAACCUAACCGGUGCAGUUUUAUUGUUGUCUUUAUCGUAAAAGGUGUUAAAUAACUAUUAUAUUAAGUUUACAGAAAUGAAGUACCUUCUCUUGUUAGUGGCGGGAUUCCUGCUUCUAUCAGGAGGAUGUGCAAUGGGCGCUGAAGAGAGUGGAGCCGGGACAGUGGAGGCUGACCUUGGAGCUUCCCGGGAGGGGUCCCGCACUGACGCGGAGGCGCUGUCGCGCGAGGCGGAGGCCGUGUCGCCGGACACGCUGACGCCGGCGCAGCAGCGGGAGUACCUGGCGCACGCCAAGAACUACACGUUCCAGACCGAGGUCAACCGCAUGAUGAAGCUCAUCAUCAACUCGCUCUACCGCAACAAGGAGAUCUUCCUGCGCGAGUUGAUAUCGAACGGGUCGGACGCAUUGGACAAGAUUCGGCUCCUGUCGCUGACGGAUCGCGGGGCGCUGGAGCCGCAGCCCGAGCUGGUGCUGCGCAUCAAGGCGGAGCCCGAACAGCGCCUGCUGCACAUCAUCGACACGGGCGUGGGUAUGACGCGCGCCGACCUUAUCAACAACCUCGGCACCAUCGCCAAGUCCGGCACGGCUGACUUCCUCUCCAAGAUGCAGGACGCCGAAAAGAGCAACUCGCAGGAGAUGAACGACAUGAUCGGGCAGUUCGGCGUGGGCUUCUACUCGGCGUUCCUGGUGGCGGACCGCGUCACCGUCACAUCUAAGCACAACGACGACAAGCAGCACGUGUGGGACUCCGACGCCAACUCCUUCAGUAUCGCCGAAGACCCGCGCGGGGACACGCUCAAACGGGGCACGCACAUCACGCUGCACAUGAAAGAGGAGGCGGCGGACUACCUGCAGGCGGACACGAUCCGCGCGCUGGUCAAGAAGUACUCGCAGUUCAUCAACUUCCCCAUCUACCUGUGGGCCUCGCGCACCGAGACCGUGGAGGAGCCCUUGGAGGACGCGCCCGCAGCCCACGAGGACGCCGACGAGGACGCGCAGGUGGAGGACGCGGCUGACGAGAAGCCUUCGGAGCGCAAGAAGACUGAGAAGACGGUGUGGGAGUGGGAGCUGAUGAACGACAACAAGCCCAUCUGGACGCGCAAGCCCAGCGAGGUGUCGGAUGACGAGUACAACCAGUUCUACAAGAGCCUCACCAAGGACUCCGCGCUGCCGCUCGCCAAGGCGCACUUCGUGGCGGAGGGCGAGGUGACGUUCCGGGCGCUGCUGUUCGUGCCGCGGGCGCAGCCGGCCGAGUCGUUCAACCGCUACGGCACCAAGACGGACCACAUCAAGCUGUACGUGCGCCGCGUGUUCAUCACCGACGAGUUCAACGACCUCAUGCCCAACUACCUCGCCUUCAUCCAGGGCAUCGUGGACUCGGACGACCUGCCGCUCAACGUGUCCCGCGAGACGCUGCAGCAGCACAAGCUCAUCAAGAUCAUCAAGAAGAAACUGGUGCGCAAGGCGCUCGACAUGCUCAAGAAGAUCCCCGCCGACGAGUACGAGCACUUCUGGAAGGAGUACUCCACCAACAUGAAGCUGGGCGUGAUGGAGGACCCCAGCAACCGCGCCCGGCUGGCCAAGCUGCUGCGCUUCCACUCGUCGCGCUCGGGCGACAUGACGUUCCUGGCCGACUACGUGGGCCGCAUGAAGCCGGGCCAGGCGCACAUCUACUACAUCGCCGGCUCCAGCCGCGCCGAGGUGGAGCGCUCGCCCUUCGUGGAGCGCCUGGUGCGGGCCGGCUACGAGGUGCUGUACCUGGUGGAGGCCGUGGACGAGUACUGCCUGUCGGCGCUGCCCGAGUACGACGGCCACAAGUUCCAGAACGUGGCCAAGGAGAUCUUCGACCUGGAGGAGAGUGACGCGGCCAAGGAGACCCUGGAGGAGCACAAGAAGCAGUUCGAGCCGCUGACCACGUGGCUGUCGGACAAGCUGGGCGCCUGGGUGAGCCGCGCGGCCGUGUCGCGGAGGCUGGCGCGCUCGCCCGCCGCGCUCGUGGCCACCGUGUUCGGCUGGACCGGCAACAUGGAGCGCCUGGCGCUGUCCAACGCGCACCAGAAGGCGGACGACGCGCAGCGGCGGCACCAGCUGGCGCAGAAGAAGAUGCUGGAGCUGAACCCGCGCCACCCGCUGGUGCGCGAGCUGCUGCGCCGCGUGCUGCACGAGCCCGAGGCGGGCGCCACGCUGCGGGCCGCCACCACGCUGUACCGCACGGCGGCGCUGCGCUCCGGGUACAUGCUGCAGGAGGGGCAGGCCGUGGAGCUGGCCGACUCCGUGGAGCGCAUGCUGCAGCGCGAGCUGGGGCUGCCGCCCGACGCCGAGCCCGAGGACGAGGACUUCGACGACGCGGCCGCGGCGCCGCCCGACCGGGACGAGCUGGACGCCGACGCCGACCACGACGAGCUGUGAGGACUCGUGCGGGACACCUCAUCAGAUCGUUGUCUAGAGCGCGAUUCCGUGGAAUGAUUCCUAUCAUGACGUGUCACGAUGCGAGAUCCGGGUGGCUCGUAGCGCGCUCUCUUUGUUUAGAGACUGCAUUUUAUUUUAUAUUUCGUGUGACUGUGUCAUGUCUAAGUGUAAUGUAAAUAAAUAGUAUUUAUUUUA